AUGCAGCACAGCAAGUCCUUCCUCAUUAAGGACCUGCUGGGGGAUGUCCUCACCGACAGGGAAGCAGAAGAGUCGGAAGAGGAUCGGGAGGCGGAGCACGCAGCCGACGCGAGCGCCAGCAGCGGCAGUGCGGGGGGCGGCGGUAACGAUGGCGGCGUCGUGAGCGCGCUGGACGCCAAGGCGGAAGCGGCCGGGGGCGGCGGCGGCGGCGGCGGCGGAGGCGGAGGCGGCGGCGGCGGUGGCGACGCGGGCCCGGGGGCGGCGGGCAAGGGGCGCAAGCCGCGCCGGCGCAGGACGGCGUUCACGCACGCGCAGCUCGCCUACCUGGAGCGCAAGUUCCGCUGCCAGAAGUACCUCUCCGUGGCCGACCGCAGCGACGUCGCCGACGCGCUCAACCUCAGCGAGACGCAGGUCAAGACCUGGUACCAGAACCGCAGGACUAAGUGGAAGCGGCAAAACCAGCUGCGGCUGGAGCAGCUGCGGCAGCAGGCGUCGGUGGAGAAGGAGCUGCUAUCUGCGCAUGCGCCCGCAGAGCCGGCAGCCUGCUGCCCCUACCAGCCGCCCGCCUUCCUCACCACGGCCGCCGCCAUCUUCCGCAACGUCACCUACGUGCACGGCUGCCAACUGUAG